CUUACACGCUUUCCUCUCUCUUAGAUUGUCAUAGACCGUUCUUGAUCCUCGUAGCUCCACACAUCAUCUAUCCCUAACAACCUCGGUCUUUACGACAAGAUGCCCACUAUGAAAGGAUACAUCUUUAUUGGGCUCAACGUGGUCCGCGCGCUCAGCAUCAUUGCGCUAUUACUUCUGUUCGCCAGCAGCAUAGUGACAAUGGUCCACGACGUCGAAGCUGUCAACGCCUUCAUUGCUGCCGGCAAAGCGGAUCCUAACAUUCGUGUAGCCUCUGACAAUGUGACAAACACGACCGGUGUGGACUGCAUCAGCGGAGACACCGACUACGUUGAGGGCAGCACUGUUCCGAAUCAACCCGCCGGAGCAUUCUGGGCCGUCUUAAACAGACUGCUCAUCAUCUUCCAAGUCAUUGUCCUGAUCAUGUCCGAAGUCGGCUGGCCCGCAGCCUUCUUCAGUCGUUUCUUCCCUAUCCUCGGUGACGACUUUGGACUGGGUGCGCUCGGCGUGAUUCAAUGCCUCCUCGGCGCGGCAGUGCUCUCCCACCACGUGGACGAGUUCUCGCUCGUCUCCGCGUUCUUCCUUUUCUCACUCGGCUGCGUCAAUAUCUUCUUGGGCCUCAUCUUCCGGGAAUCUGCGAAGUGGCGACGCUCUCUUACCUCGUGGCGCGAGCAGGACAAGAACACGAAGGGCGGCGUGCUCCCGACCACACACGGACCGCGCCCCCUCGUCAUGUCCCCCGGAGGCAACACCUCUUGGGAGAAGGAGCGCGAGGCGUACGGCGGCUACGGCGCUGGCGGCGACACCUCGCGCUCGGGCAGCCUCUCUAGCCAGAAGAGUGGCAUGGGCUUUGGCAGGCAGGGCGAGAAAGCCGCGCUGGCUCGAGGCUAUACCCUUACACGACCCGUUGAGGCGCUGCCGACAUAUGUUCCCAAGCCUGUCGCCUCCCGGCGGGAGAGUGAUACUUCAAGCGUGACUGAGGGCUCCGAAACGGCUGUCUAGACUCUCAACAUGGUACGAAGGUCAAUGCACGGGCAUCGGCUGACGUCCUCAACACGAACAUCCCUACGCCCACUACCCUUCCGGGUCCCAUACUAGCGCGCUCGCAAGGCUGGCGCGAUAUUCUGUUGUCCCAUUUGGGCAUUAAUCGCACGAUACGACAACGGUACGACCCCGCAAGACUUCUCGCUCUCGUGUGUUGCUGUGCAUAAGUACAUGUAUUAUCUGGAUGGUUCCGCCUGGGGACGUUUGUAGUAGCGCCCUAUUCUGUAGCUCGUAGUUCUCACCCUCUAGGGAUUGUGUUAAGAAUCCUAUCGUGCUUCC